UGGGAGAAAAAUGUUGGCAUCUCACAGAUAAGCAAGAGCAGAUGGGAACGAUAGUUAGAGGCCAGAGAUCCGUCUUCUUCUCUCCGAAAGUCAAUAUCUUCCGUCGCCAUGUUUCUCUUUCCUUUAUCACAGUUCCAUCUCUCGUGGUCAACCGCACUCGUGCUUUCUUUAUGCUUUCUCUGUUUCAUCGCAAACUCCGAUUCUAACCAAACACCAUGUUCAGAAAGUGACGCCUACCACAAGCUCAACGUCGUCCUCAACCCCGACGGCACUCUCACCCGCUUAAAUCCCCGUCCUGUGAGCCCUCCCUCGCCGGAUCCCAGCCUCCCCAUCUCCGUUCUUUCCAGAGACCUCCACGUGGAUCCUUCCAAACAUACCUGGGUUCGGAUUUUCCUGCCCCGCAAUGCCCUCUCCUCCCAGAAGAAGCUACCCCUCGUCGUCUUCUUCCACGGCGGCGGCUUCAUCGUCCUUAGUGCAGGCUCCACCAUGUUUCACGAUUUCUGCUUCAACAUGGCCGACGAUCUCGGCGCCGUCGUCGUGUCCGUCGAGUACCGUCUUGCUCCGGAGCAUCGCUUGCCUGCGGCGUACGACGAUGCCAUGGAGGCUCUGCAUUGGAUCAGAACCCGUCCUGAUGAUUGGUUGGGCCAUUACGCCGAUUAUUCCGAAUGUUAUCUUAUGGGAAGCAGCGCAGGGGGAAACAUCGCGUACUUUGCGGGACUGCGUGCUGCCGAGCAGGUGAAGCAUCUUGAACCGUUGAAUAUCAGAGGGCUGAUACUUGUUCAACCAUUCUUCGGCGGGAUGCAGAGAACGGGAUCAGAAUUGAGGCUGAUGAACAACGAGCGGUUGCCGCUGUGCGUGACGGACCUGUUAUGGAAGUUAUCGUUACCGAUGGGAGUUGACCGCGAUCACGAAUAUUGCAAUCCGAUGGCGGGAGAGGGACCGGAGAGAGUGGAAAAGAUCAGAGGGCGAGGAUGGAGAGUGUUGGUGACAGGGACCGGGGGGGACCCACUGAUGGAUCGACAGAAGGAGGUGGUGAAGAUGAUGGAAGAGAAGAAAGUGAAGGUGGUGGGCCACUUCACAGAGGGAGGCUACCACGGGAUUCAAGAUCGCGAUCUCCAGAAUGCUAAGGAGCUCUAUGCGGUUGUGAAGAAAUUCAUAUCGUCUUGCAGGGCAGAUGAAUGAGUAUGAAACGUCGUCGUUUUUUGAUUCAUGUUGUCUGGUACUCAUUCAGUUCGGUUGUUAUCAUCGUAGUGAUGAUCUGCAUCUUAAUUAAGAUUGAAUAAUAAAAGCUCUGGUUUUUUU